AUGAAGAGAAACCUAAAUGAAAGUUCAAUUCGAAGUACAGCAGGCUGUUUGCCUGUACCAUUGUUCAAUCAGAAAAAGAGGACUAGACAGCCACUAACUUCCAAUCCACUUAAAAAUGAUCCAGGUAUCAGUACUACUUCUGACAGUUAUGAUUUCCCUUCUCUACCAACAGAUUGGGCCUGGGAAGCAGUGAAUCCAGAGUUGCCUCCUUCAACGACAACAAUGAACACAGGGCAAAUACCACAUUCUGUUUCUCAUCCUCUGAGAAGUCAAGAUUCUGUGUUUAAGUCUACUCAGUCGAAUACUGAGGGGAACAAGAAUGGUUGGAGCUACAGAGGUGGCAACAAAAAUACCAGCUUGAAAACCUGGGAUAGAAAUGAUUUUAGGCCUCAAUGCAGAAGAACCAACCUAGUGGCAAAUGAUGGAAUAAAUUCUCGUCCAAUGAAUUUGGAAGUGCAACAGCAGAAACAAUUAAGAGUAUCUCAACCUCCUAACUUAUCUCACCAAAGACAAAGUGAAGUACUCAAACAAAUACAUUCGUCAAAAACAUCUGGCUCCACAAUGACAAGCCUAGACAAAGACAGUGUAUCACAGUCUUUUAUGUCCAUUUUUCAACAAAAUCAAUUUAAGAAAAAAAAGUUAGAUGAUAUUCCAGAAGAAACCUCUCUCAAGAAUGCCUCAUUGUACCAGUUAAAGUUUAAGGAAAAAGAGAAUUCUUUAAGACUUAUAUCUGCAGUUAUUGAAAGCAUGAAGUACUGGCGUGAACAUGCCCCCCAAACUGUACUCCUUUUUGAAAUACUGGCCGUUCUUGAUUCAGCUGUUACACCUGGACCAUAUUAUUCUAAAACUUUUCUUAUGAGAGAUGGGAAAAAUACUCUGCCUUGUAUAUUUUAUGAAAUAGAUCGUGAACUUCCAAGACUGAUUAGAGGCCGAGUUUAUAGGUGUGUUGGAAACUAUGACCAGAAAAAGAAUAUUUUCAAAUGUGUUUCUGUUAGAUCGGCAUCUGUUUCUGAACAAAAAACUUUCCAAGCAUUUGUCAAAAUUGUAGAUACUGAGAUGAAGUACUACACCAAUGUAAUGAAUGAAAUGUAG